AUGUCGACCGUCCCGCAGUACAUGGGCUGCUUCACGUUGCUCUACGCCGAUCCAGAGGUGAAGGAGCAGCAUCAAUACCUACAGCCUUUGUACGGUCUCACGGCCGACGACGAUCCCCCGGCGCCGCUGCAGCGGCAAUGGGAGUCCUCGCAGGACGCCUCCGCGAGCACCUCGAGCAUCAGCUCUAGCUUGACCUCGCAGGACGAUGUACAGGCCAGCAUCGCACGCUCUCAGCGGACCGCAAGCGUGGGCGACCCGGCGGCGGCGCAACGCCACAAGCACUCGCAGACCACCUUCGGCGCCAUGCCGCGAGCAACAAACUCAUCCGGCGCCAAGGACGACGACGACGACAGUGAAGCGCGGCAAGCACCGACAGCAGCGCCAGUCCGCCCGCCUCGGAAAAUCGAUCAUGUUGACCUCAGCCUGUACCCCGACCUGUCGACAGGCAUUGUUGGUCCUCAGCCUGUCUUCGGCGGCGCCGCACUUUCUUCCGCCAAGCCGCCCGCCGCCACAACCACCAGCUCCUCCCCAUCGGCAGUGGCGGCAGGUGCACCACAACCCUACCUUUUCGCCUCCAACGGUGCACCGAUGCUCUCGAGCGUCGUUGACCCGGAUGCGCUACAGAAGUUGCAAGAGGCACGCCGCCCGUACCCAGCCCCGCAGCCACGUAGCGGACACGUCUUGCUUCCAUGCCCCGAGCGUGGCAGUCUCAUCAUGUUCGGCGGCCUGGGCGACGUCCCAUUCAACGAUGUGUGGGAAUACGACGUGCGAACAGGUCGUUGGGCAGAGCUGCCGUGCGUCCCUGCCACGGAGGAUGAGGAGGAUGAGGAAGAACUGUUGGCGGUGCAGCAAUGCAGCUCACGUACGCGACGUAGUGGUGACCGUCACCUCGAAGACGAGGACGCAGCCACCUCCGUCGGAACCCCUUCUGUCACUUCCAGCUCCUCAGACGAUGAGGACGACGACGAGAACUCUGACGAUAUCCACGAGGGCAACGAGGAGGGCACGAGGGCUGCGGCGCAGCGCCUGACACGGAGGCGGCAGCGUCGCAACAUGCCACCCCCCGCCUACGGCCAAGCCGCCUCACUCUACAAAAACGUGAAGGGUGAGACGUGCAUGGCCAUCCUCGGCGGCAUCUCUGUCGGUGAUAUCUGCUGCAGCGGCUUCUUCUCCCUCAACCUGAACCGGCUCACGUGGCGACGCAUACAGACGACGGUCCCGUUCUUUGACAUGUGGGGUGCCACAGCGCAGACGCUGUACGCGCCACGUCGCAGCAGUGUGCCCUACGCGUCGACCACCCAAGGCGCGGCCGCGGACGAGGAGCGCGGCGGCGAAGAAGGGAGUGGCACUCGCGUCAGCGCGGAGGAGCAGGUGGUGGUGCUCUUCGGUGGCAUGACGGAGGACGGCGAGGUGGUUCGACCCGUGACGCAUCUCUUUCACUUCAACCACCGCCUCACGGCUGCCAUGAUCGAUUCAAACCCAGACAUAUACCUGAAGAGCAUCGAGUACGAUAAAACGGAGUAUGCGCGCAUCAUGCGCCGCGUGCUCGCCGAGGAGGACAUCGCCAACGUCCAUACGCCGGACGAAAAUGGGCUGAGCCCCAUCAUCGAAACGCGGUGCAGCCAAUGGCGUGAGGCGCACCCCAACACUCUCAUGCGGUGGCGACGGCGCGCGCUGGAAAAGAUGGUGGGGAAGUACUGGGUUGAGUACCUCCCGGCUCCCGAGGACUUGCACGGACGUCGCCGCUCCACGAGCGCCGCCUACAAGCGCCACUUCAUGUACAUCUUUGGCGGCCGCGACGACUUCUACUUCUACAACGACCUCUGGUGCCUGAACCUCAUCACGCGGACCUGGGUGCAGGUGCGGGAAGGGGUGCCGCCGCACUUGCUUCGCAGCUUCCUGGCGGAGCCGUACAAUCCCAUGUACGGCAUCCUCAUCAACGACCGCGGGGCGCAGCUGCGGCAGGAGACGAUCACGAAGACAGAAGCGAAACUGCUGCACAACUCUACGAACGGCACUAUCAACCCAAUGUACCGCGCCCGCGAUGUGCACCACGCCCUCUUCGCGAGUUCAGUGAACAGCUCAGCUCGGGCACGAACCGGGGCCUGCAUGGUGGCGGAUGUGCAGCGUGACUGCCUCUACGUGUACGGCGGCUUCUCCUACACAGGUCAGCAGCACCUGACCUUCUUCGACCUCCACGCCUUCUAUAUUGGCGAGAACGUGUGGCGGCGCGUGUGCAUCUGCCGCGAGCGUCCAUGGGAUGUGAUGGUCGACGCCACCGCGGACGCCGUCGGCAUCGUGGAUCCAGCGGAGGAGGGCAGACCGUACGCGCGUCACGCCUCACCGUCCUCAGCCGCAGUCGCCAGCGGGCAGACAAUGGACUCUGGUGCGCCGUCGCUGCCCCCUACGCUGAUGGGCUACGCUGCUCGCUAUCUUCAGGGCGACCCUUCCACAACCGCCUCCGCGGGCGGAACCUUAGUGGCAGCCUCUCUUGGACCGCCUUUGGCGCCACGCGGGUCACGGGCGAGCCGGACGUCAAACACCCACUCCGCACCCGGCACGUACAGCAACUGCUUCUACCUGCCAUCUUUCGUUCCAGAGGCGCGAACGAUGGCUGCCAUGGUGGAGGACCCCGUGCACCCCGGUGCACGCUUCUUCCUGCACGGCGGCCGCUCCGGCGAGGAAGCCUGCGGUGAUUUCUUCGAGCUACGCACGUACGUCGGCCGCACGGUGGACAUGGAGUACAUGAAGUUGCACCGAGCGGCCCGCGAGGAGGUAGUUGGCUUCGCGCCCACACGCUCCUCGGCCGACACGAACACCUUGGCAACGCCCUCGGCCUCGUUGAGCAACCCACCUGCCACAUUCAUGACGGCAUCGCUCCUGACCGGGGCAGAUGCGGCCUCGGGGCUCUCUGUUACCGACGCUGCACGCCUUCAGUGGAAUAGUCGUCGGCAGCUCCAACGCCAGCUGGUCAGCGCCGCUCUCGAGACUCAGGAAGGUUUCGAGGACAUGCCUGCAGCGUAUUACAGCUCCAUCAAUGACACUGUACCGCUGCCGCGCCGCACGCUGCGCGACGCUGCCACGCGCUGGAUACGGGAUGGACUGGCGGCUGUAGACCCGAAGAGCCUCAUGUUUGUUGAACUACGCAACGGCCACGCUGUGGUGAACCUGCGCACCCACAUCCACUAUCUCAGCCGGCUGAGCCUUCUUGGUGGCGGCAGCGGUGACGGGGACGAGCAUGCAGAGCCAGGCGAGAGAGGUUCGGCAGCCGCCGUAGCGACAACGGGCGCGUCAAACACAUCGUCUUCGGUCAAUCACACCUUGAACGCUCGUACAAGCACACUGACCGGCACCGGCGGCAACAUCAGUGCUUCGUCGGCUCUGACGACGCCGAUGCAGUUUGAGAGCAUGGACGGCCACCUGAAGCGGUCUGCGCGGUCGCUGGAGCUGCUCCUGUACGAUGUGCUGCUCUCGAAGCCGAUCAACAACAACGGCAGCGGCGCAGGCGUCGGUUGCAGUGGAGGUGCUGGUAGGGCAUCCUGUCACCGUCGCACGUGCAGUUCCACCCACAUGCCGGGGAGCGAGCCCGCGACGGCUCCGUCCACACGCGGCGUUGCCAUGGCAACAUCGCCCGAGGUGCUCGGGAUGUUCCCAUCGUACCCCGGCAACGUCCUUGGCGGCAGUCCAGGCACGAGUCCCGGUAACGGCACACCGCUCUCCACGUCACCGCAGGUCCAGAUUGUGAGCCGCGCGCAGUACUCCACCCCACGCACCCCGCAAGUGCUGAGCAUGAUGCUAUCCGGUAGCAGCGGUGGCACAACGCAGCAGCAGCAGCUCAGCGCAUCUUUCCCCUCGCAGGGCGGUGACUCGGCUGUCUUGGCUGUGCGCGACGCUCGGACGUCGUCGCCCGCCCUGACAAGUGGGAGCAGCAGCUUCUGCGGUAGUGAUGGUGGUGCUGGUGUUUCCACGUGCGGCCCCGUCAGCGGCGGUGCAUCGCCGGCCAACAACGAGUACGCCUACCACGUGCUUUUUCGAAGCCUUUUCCACCACGAGCCCUUCUACAAGCCCAGCUACGCGGCGGACAAGAGGCGGUGA